AUGUUCGGUCAGCGGUUCGACUUGGCGAAGCCGGGCAAGUCUGUCCUGGUCAGCAUUCCACGCAGAAAGACCGUCGAGGACGCGCUGCUUGUUGUACAGGCCGACGCGCGUCGACCGGGAGCACGAUGCUCGGAUAUUUACUUCCAGGAGGUCAACGUCACAGGGUCGUGGGCAGACAAGGCGCAGCCCGGAGGCUUCCACUUCAACUCUCGCGGUGCGCGCGACAAUAAGCCGAAGUGGGUGAACUUCGGGCCAGUGGAGCUCAAAGUCGUCCACUGUCACACUGGCGAGGGGCAGCAGUAUUUGAACGUCUACCUUAAGAACCUUCGGCGUGCUGGGUUUCAUGUCGGAGGGCUGCUGGGCGAGGAUGAUUACACGGAGGCUGCGACGCCCGAGGCAGGGUGCCAGAAGACGAUGUCCCUAUCGGCGGGUCCGGAUGGUCAAGCUCCGCAUCGACAGGGCUCCAUCGCAAUCGGUUAUUGA